AUGGAGGUAUCACAGACCAUCAGGAGACCACAUGCAGUAGCGCAUGAUGCGCAACAAUUGCAAGAGUAUGAACAAGCUCGCCAAAUUGUCCUUGCGAAUCCCCGAAAUGCGAGUUCUAGCCUUUUUAAAAAGUCCUUCAUCUUCAUACCGUUACUUGGCAUGACCCUUCUUUUUUGGGUGGGAUUAUCACCUAGCCAGCCCAGCAUCAGCUCGACAGAUUACAGAGCCCGCACAGACAAGCUGUUGAAGACGACACCCUUGAUAGACGGACACAAUGACUUGCCAUUUCUAUUGCGAAUGCAAUUAGAUAAUCAAAUCUAUGGCGACCGACUCCCAUUUAGAGAAAAAUUGGGUAGCCACACCGAUUUGAGACGUAUGAAAGAGGGCAAGCUUGGGGGACAGUUCUGGUCUGUUUAUAUUGAGUGUCCAGAUAUCGUACAUCUUGAUGACCCAACCCAUAAUGUACGAGAUACCCUAGAGCAGAUUGAUGUAGCGAAGCGCUUCAUCAAUGAAUAUUCCGAAUUACACUAUUGCGACACUGCCAGUUGCGCAAUGAAAGCUUUUGGAUCUGGCAGCAUUGCUUCUAUGCUAGGAGUAGAAGGACUUCAUCAAGCAGGUUCAUCCAUUGCUGUCAUACGGCAGUUUUACGAUCUCGGCGUCCGCUACAUCACACUUACCCAUAACUGCGAUAACCCAUUCGCUACCGCAGCCUCUACAGUGACCAUGACUGGGAAAGAUGGCGGGCUGACGGAUUUCGGCAGAGCGGGUGUUGAGGAGAUGAACCGACUAGGGAUGAUGAUUGAUCUCAGCCAUGUAUCUCACCGUACGAUGAGGAACGUCCUAGAAAUCUCGCAAUCACCCGUCAUCUUCUCACAUACGGGAUGUUAUGGACUGGCAAAGAGCUUUAGAAAUGCCCCAGAUGAUGUGAUAGUACAGCUGAAGACUAACGGGGGAAUUAUCAUGAUAUAUUUCGCCAGCAAGUUCCUGGAUUUAGAGCAUCCACAAAACGCCAACGUCGAGACGGUAGCAGAUCACAUAUUUCACGCUGUAGGGCUAGCAGGUUGGGACCAUGUUGGUAUUGGUGGAGACUUCGACGGUACUAUUAAUAUCGCCAACGGAAUCAACGAUGUCUCGGGGUAUCCUCUCUUGAUGGUAGCCCUGAUGCGACGCGGUGCAACAGAUGAGGAUGUGCGAAAGCUAGCUGGGGAGAAUAUGCUACGUGUUUGGCGGCAAAAUGAGAUUGUAGCUUUGAGGUUGCAGAAAACAGAAGGUAUCAAACCUGCUGAGGAUCGCUGGGAGGGAAGAGUACAAGUACCAUAUCAAGGACAGUUGCCUACUUUGAUACCAGGAUAUUAA